UGAUUAGAUGCAGUCUACUGAAUACAUCGCUGUGAAAAUUUCGAGCAAGUGUACGAAAACAUCUGUUUGUGUGAUUUUUAUUAACAAUAAGUAUAAAAUUUGAACUCGUAGUAGUAAAUUGUAACGCUAGUUCUAUUAGUCGGCCAUAGUCUUUUCAAGAGUGCAUGGUGGUGUGAAAAUAGGUAAGAACCUACUAUGCAGAUUUUCGUCAAGACCCUAACGGGCAAGACCAUCACUCUUGAGGUCGAGCCCUCAGAUACUAUUGAAAAUGUCAAGGCUAAGAUCCAAGAUAAGGAGGGAAUUCUUCCAGAUCAGCAAAGAUUGAUCUUUGCCGGUAAACAAUUGGAAGAUGGCAGAACUCUUUCAGACUACAACAUCCAGAAGGAGUCGACCUUGCACUUAGUGCUCAUGUUGAGUGGAGGAGCUAAGAAGCACAAGAAGAAGAAUUACUAGACUCCCAAAAAAAUCAAAAAUAAGAAGAAGAAGGUCAAGAUGCCCGUUCUUAACUUUUACAAAGUCGACGACAGUGGAAAGAUUCACAGACUUAGACGUGAAUGCCCUAGUGAACAGUGUGGAGCUGGAGUCUUCAUGACAGCCAUGGAAGACAGGCACUAUUGUGGUAAAUGUGGAUACACCUUGGUUUUCUCUAAACCAGAAUAGUUGUUGUCGCUAUGAUCCAAUAAAUAUUAAGAAUUUUUUUUCUUGGAG